GCCUGUUGCAUUCUCCCACCUGCUAGAAAAUGUGUUGACUUGAUCUUGAAUGGUAUUCUGAUUUCAAUUUACGCCUCAAAGACGUUCUGACGUAAAAGGGUUAGAGUUAUAUCAUCGUCGCCGCUGAAGUGAGUCAAGAAAUAGUGAACGAUGAUUUUCGACAAGAGAUUUUUGAAUGUUAUUCUCCUAGGAUUUGGCUUCAUGUUCGUAUUUACUGCAUUCCAAACCAUGGGCAAUAUUGAGAAGACGGUGCUGGACAGCAUCAACCGCGACGACCCGUCCUUCACCGGGGACGGCUACACCAGCCUCGCCGUCAUCUACGCCGUGUUCGCCGUGUGCAACUGGGUGGCGCCGUCCAUCAUCAGCGUGUCCGGCCCGCGCGUCGCCAUGCUGAUCGGCGCCGCCACCUACAUGUUGUUCAUAGCGUCAUUCUUCAUCCCAAAGACGUGGCUUCUGUAUGUGGCAUCGUGUGUAAUUGGAUUCGGAGCAGCUGUGAUCUGGACCGGACAGGGAAACUACCUGACGCUCAACUCGGACUCGGAGACCAUCUCCAGGAACUCUGGCAUUUUCUGGGCCAUGCUGCAGGCUAGCAUGUUCUUUGGGAACCUGUUUGUGUUCUUCAAGUUCCAAGGCAAGACGCACAUCGACCACGACACGCGGCUAGUGGUGUUCAUUGUGCUGAUAGCCCUGGCGGCGGUGGGGGUGGUGUUUCUGUUGGUGCUGCGACCGGCGCAGAACGCCGACGGGGAGCUGGCGGGAAGGGACGACCAGGGCCCGCUCCACGCCCUGCAGAGGGCGCUCUCCCUCUUCACCACCAAGCAGAUGUCGCUGCUUGGCAUCACCUUCCUCUACACGGGCAUUGAGCUGUCCUUCUUCAGUGGCGUGUACAGCCCCAGCAUUGGCUUCACCCUGCAGAUGGGCGAGAAUGUCAAACAACUUGUCGGCCUCUCCGGCAUUUUCAUUGGCAUGGGGGAAGUGAUUGGUGGAGCACUAUUUGGAAUCCUGGGGCAGAAGACCAUUCGGUGGGGCAGAGACCCCAUUGUGAUGAUCGGCUUCGUUGUGCACAUAGUCAGCUUCUUUCUCAUUUUCCUCAACUUGCCGAACACUGCGCCGUUCGGAGACACGAACAUGCCAGCAUACAUUUCCAGCAGCCAGUACCUGGCGAUGCUGUGCAGCUUCAUGCUGGGGUUCGGAGACAGCUGCUACAACACUCAGAUAUACUCCAUUCUGGGCGGACUGUUCCCAGACGACAGCGCGCCCGCGUUCGCUCUCUUCAAGUUCACCCAGUCGGUGGCGGCGGCCGCCAGCUUCUUCUACAGCAGCCACCUGGGGCUGCACGCCCAGCUCGGGAUCCUGAUAGCGCUCGCCACGCUCGGCACCGUCUCCUUCUGCUGGGUGGAGUGGGCGGCCCGGGCCAAGAGGCGGGCCAGCGGCCACACGGUCGGCGAGGAGCCGUCCUUCGUCGACAGCGCCUCCGUCACCAAGGAGAACUGAGCCUCCCUCGCCGUCGUCGCAGCCACUCCGUCUCGCUGCCAGGCAUCGGAGCCAUCCCCGCCGUCUGGAGGAUUUUUUUUAAUUUUUUUCGCUGUAAUUUCAGUUUUCAGAUAGUCAUCAUACCUUCCCCAACCUUUUAUACCUUGUUUUGUUUGAUAUUAUAUUGUUUAUUUAGGCUUUUAUGUCGGACAAAUCUUAUUUUUGUGUUAAUUUAAUGGCAAAUAUUUAUGUCAGUCCUAGCAUGUUCUGAAAGCAUUGUGUGUUACGCAGUUUUGGAAUAACGGUUUUUUAUGUGGCCUUCAUCUUAAAACACUUAAUUUUUUUAGUAGCUCAUUCAUAAAUAAAUAAAAAAUAGUGUUUCCCCAAAAUUCCGAAAAAACUAAGGUUUCGGUGGUUUUGGGUAUACGUACCUCAUUUUUAUUGGUUUGCGAAUUAUGUACCAAAAAUAUAAAGAUUUUGAAGACGAAGAAAAAAAAAAUAUUAGUAGUUAAUCCGAAACGAUUCCAUGCUUUCAGUACAUGCUAGGGGCUGACGUGAAAAUGUGCCAUUAAGAUCCUACAAGAAUUUAAAAUGAGGACUUGUUUAUUAUAAAAAAAAGCUUUCGUAAACAUUUGAAUAAACAUGGUUAUAUUAUGAAUUGAUUUGAAAUCAUGUACAAAAACAUGAACAUUUCGCGAUAGGCUAAAAUACAAAUAGUUAUACCUCCGUGCUGCCUCUGCUAUUGGCUCGCAACUCACCUAGAUGACUCUGGGCCAAUGAGAAACACGCAACCAAAGCUUUAUCGAAUCACAGACUGCUACGUUCGGACGUCUCACAACACAGCAGCUAAUGAGUGGGUGGCAUUUGACCGAGUGUACGUAGAACUAUGGAGUUCAUCCUGUAGGUCAUUGAACCCGCGAAUUUUUCCGGUCCCUAGUAAUGAAUAAACAGAAUUCAUAAAAAAAUAAAAAAAUAAAAUACUGAAAUCUCCUGUUUCUAAAAAUGAAAUUAGCUUAAAAAUAAAACCAUAUACUAUUCUUGUCCCGUAAUUAUACAUCGUGAUCUGAUAAAAUAAUUGUUCCUUAUUGCGUAUCCAGUUUAUAUCAAGUUUCUACAAUUGAAACUUUCAAAAUCAAUUUUAUUUUGGUUAUGGUACAAUUUCAAAUCAAAAACACAUACUUUAUUUGAGUAUUUCUAAAGUUAAAAUGCAGUGGAUAUGUUGCACAGUACAUUUUCUGCUGGUAACAAUACAAUGUUCCUCAAAAGUUAUAAACACAUUUCAAAAUAAAAUAUAUUUUGGUAAUUUAUAGCUUUCCAGCACAAAAUGUCCAAUAUCGUUUCUUUAUUUUAAUAUUUUAUGUUAAAAUACAACUGGAUAUGCAAUCAAUAAGGAACAAUUAUCUACCUCUGACAUUUACUAAAGUCUCUAAUAUGUAAUUGUUGGCAGGAAAUAACUGAUCGUUUCAUGUGGCGACUAUAACUGUCAUUGUAAUUAACUACUCCAUCCACAAAUGUCCAGCUAUGUCCAGCUCAAAACUAUUUUAUAUGGAAGCUGAAUUCCAAGAGGUAGCAAAACUAUUUAAAUAUCUAAGGUGGUGGAAUGUGGUUCGUGUUGAGGCUCAGUCUCAUGAGCUAUGUUGGUUUAUUUUUUUUUUGUCAUUACUAUUAUUAGAGGUCUUCACCUCUAAAUUCAUUGUAAUAGCUUUCUUGCAUUUUUUUGUUUCGUCUCGAAUGUUCUCAACAGAUACUAAAUAUUAUUCAAUAGCAGUAAAAAGUCACAAAAGUGAUCACAAUUAUGAUAACUACGUGAUCUUUUACAGCUCAGAAAGAAUAUUUUUAAAAUAACUAGCUAAUGUACUUUGGAAGUAUAUGUGCGCCUCCUCAUGGGUCCUCCAGUGCCUUGCUUCGAAUGGAAAAAAAAAAAAUUCAACGAUGCCAUGCCCGUUGCCUUGGAGAUGCCGAAGUUACCAACAAUGCAAUAGUCACUGACAAGGAUACAAUAAAAUCAUAGACACUUCAAUAGGGAAAUUUCAUCUAGAAGAAUCAAAAUUCUGCUUCACAGGUGGUUUUUGCGAAAUUUCACCUAGUGGAAAGUGUGGAAAGUUUCAACUCAAUCGGAUGAAUGACGUAUGAACGCAUAGAAGACGAACAUAAAAGAAGAUGAACACAAAAAUGAAUUUUUGUAUAUAAUAUUUUGUAAGAAAAAUUGUGACCCAUUUACAGAUGCAAGAGAGCUAUCAGAAUAAAUUUACAUGUAAAUCCAUUAAUUAACAUUGUAAAGACAAGAAAAUGAAAUAACCAACUCUGCCUUUAGAAAUACAUAUGUUUUUGCUUCAAAUACAUUGAGAGAGGGAUACCAGAUGACUCAAUAGAUGGCAGUUAAUUAACACUCCAUUUAUUAUAAUUUUUGAGGCCAACAUUAUGGCUUUUUACCAUUUAUUUCUAAAACUAUAUUGUAGGUAUAUAUCUUGCAGCUAGUUUCCCCCCCCCCCCCCCCCUAAUUGUUUGGUAUAGAGCAUUUUGUUUCUUGAUAGUACUGGUUUGAAUGCCACCAUACACUUAAGUGAGAUAAAUCAUUCAUUACUUAUCUAGUUUACUGGAGUAACUAAAAUUGAAAUAAAAAGUUGCAUUUGGUUGCAUAUAAUAACGUAGCAAACAAAAAUAUGAAUUAAUAUUGACUUUAAUAAAUGAGGAAUUUGGUAUAUCUAACUAUGGUAAGUCAAUUGGAAAAAAAUUUACACACUUGGCUAAAUUUAACAUUUUUUGGGUGUAUUGGUACUGUUUUCAAUAAUACUUCUGGGUCAUUGUAUAAAAGGUUAUGGUUCGUUUGUUUAAAGGUGCUGGCAACAUAUUUUGCAAUUUGAAAUUUGGAUUUGCUAUUUUUAAAAAUGUUCGGUGUCUUCUUGCUGAGAUUAUUAAACAUAGCUAGUUUCUUAAGUUUCAAAAGUAUUUGAUGAAAAUAUGUCAAGAACAUAAUUGGCCAUAAUUUGUAGUUUAUACAUUUUAGAACUAGUGACUGCCAUGAAUUUUAGAAUUGUGUAGAAUGUUGUAAAUAUGUAAAGGUAUUGAACUGAUAAAGCAAACUACAGCAUGAAACAUGAGAACAUAUAUGUUUCAGGGUGGUAAAAUUUUAAUGUAUUAAAAUAAUUUUGAAUGAGAAAAACAUUGCAGGAAAACUAACGUUGAAACAAUACAAAAUAUUGUUUGAUAUUAAAUAAUUUAAUUGCUCAUAAGUCAUUUGAAACUAACAAUCUAAUUGUAAAAAAUUUACUUCUUGUGACUUAAGUCAUUUAUAUUUUGCAUUUGGGUGAAAGGCACCAUUGUUGAAGCGAGAUGAAUAUAAAUUAUGUGUAAGAUAUGGGGUUUAAAAGCAUUAACAUUAUUAAAUAUAACAGAUCAUUUGGAAAGUAAAACUUAUGUAGCUAUUUGUAUUACACAUGUAGUAAAUAACUUAUCAUAUCCAACUAUACAUCCCAAGCCACAGUAAAAUUUUAUGAAGAAAGACCAUGUGAUUAUUCUGUAUUAUGUCAGAACCUACAAUAUAAUACAUGUGAAGACGUAUUUUAUUUUUGAAUAGAUAAUGCACAAUUUUAUAUUAAUUGGUCUAGCUACUAAAAGGGUACCUACUAAACAUUUGUUAGGAAUUCAGCCACGAAGUUUGAGUCUGACAAGAUCUUUAUGUGAUGAAUGAUGUUCAUGUUUGAUGAUGUUCUGGGAAAAAACAGCAGGCCUGUGCUAGUAUUUAAAAUUUAUAUCUAUCUUAUAAUUUAUUAUUCGUUUUAAUUACUUAACACUUCGAAAUAAUGAAUUUCUUUUUUUAUAUUCUAAGUACAUAAUGAAGUUGGUUCAUAACACCUCAUGUAACAAAUUACAUUGAGGUUAAGAGUAAUUGUAAUGUAAUAUAAAUGUUUGUAUUCUAGUUUCAAUAAUUUAAUUGGCCCAAUAUUACUACCCAGAGUUCAUUUCUACAUGUGCACAGUUAACAGAAUGCGAGACAAUGAGUAAUCUGGAAAUUUUUCGCACCACAGAACAAAUAAUUAUGAUUUAAAAGCAUACUUAUCUUAUAGGAUAUAAGUAUUUUUAGAAAUAUUACUUUUAAAUGUCGUGUAAAAGGCAUAGGAAAAAAUUUUUUAACACUUUUAUUAUUUGAAUUUGAUGUUCGUAUUUUAGAAUAAUUUUAUUUGUGUUCAAAUUUGAUUCGAACGAAAACACAGAUAUUCGUACAGGCCUAGGAGAAACAGAUUUAGUUUAAAUUAAGAGGAGCAGGUAGGAUCUAGGCCUCCAAAGCAGAAGUGUGUGCUUGCUUUGCCGUUGGAGCAGUAUAGUUUGCUCUAGAAUAAAUGUGUACCUGUAAGAUGAAUAAGACUGUGUAUAUAGAUGUUGUAUCACUGCAGAAUAUUGCAUUUCCUUUUUGUUGUGUGUAGUCAUACAGUUGGCACGAUUGGUAUUGUUCAGAAAUUUCUCAUCAUUUAUCAUAUUACUAAGGUUGAAAACUUAAACUCACCAACUAAGAAUAAUUUUGGUUGUUAUGGUUAACCUUUUGUAAUAAUAAAAAAUAUUACUGUAUGAUCUACAAUCAAAUUAGAAAUUUUAGUUGUGCCAAAUUUGAGGUUAUUAUUACGUAUAUUAUUACAUAUUUUACAGAUUAAGGACUAGCAAGGCAGUUACAUUUCUUAGUCAAAAAUUGUAAAUAAAGAACAAUUUUUGAACUUGAGGUAUCAAAGCUACAUUUGACAGAGAUUAAAUUUCAUUACUCUAAAGAAAUUGAAAAAAUUUGCUACUUUUCGGAAAAAAUUAAGCCAUGAUAGAUUUCUCUCAGCUACUCAGUUUUCAGCUUGUUGACUUGAAGCAUGCAGUGUAUUUAUUUGUCAGGAGAUAAAUCUACUUAUUACUUCAAAGGCAUCUAUGUACAUUAUUUGCCUCAUGGUAUGUGCCACAAAUUAGAAAUUACAGUGUGGUUCUCAUUGGCAGCCACUGCAUUAAUGCCUACUGCAAGGUUCCUCAAGGUCGGGAUAUACAUGCUAAUUUUGCCUUGCCACAAAUAUGCCUGAUACACUAACGCUUGUGCUUCACACAAAAAUAAAACAUGCAAUUAAAAUUUAUUUUGCUGAGAAUAUAAUCAUGCAAAGAUUAUGUGGUAGAAUAUGGUAAAACUUUAUAGACUUAAAUAUAGUAUUAAUUUGGAAAAUUGUCUGUCAUCUUGAAACUUUUCUCAUUACAGAAUCAUAAUACAUACUUUAAUCUCUUUAUUUUCUAGCUGGAAAACUUGUGUCCAGCAUAUGGAUGUGUGAUAAUGUGUGUGCCAAUAUUUUCUAUUGCCAGAAACAAAAGGUUUGCAUGUGCAAUAUUAUAAAGGAUGUAUCAAUAGCUAACUUUGGUGAUUUUAAUAUCACUUUUUAAGACUCGUCUCAUAAGUAAUGUUGGUUUUCUAAUUUUCUUGUCAUUACAAUUGAGGACUUUUCUUGUAAAUAUAUAUUCCAAUAGGCUAGCGGUCUUGCAUUUUAUGUUUCAUCUCAAAUUUAUUAAAAAUGUAUUUAAUUUAUUGAAUAUGUGUAAAAAAAUUCAUGUAAUUGUUCAUAAUUAUAAUUACUUGCACAACAUUUGACAGCUUGAAAAAUGACUUUUUUUUUUUUAGUAAAUAUUUGGUUGAAAAAGAGAUAUCGGAAUAAAUAUGCAGGAAAAUCCCUUAAUUAAUAGUAAUGAUAAGAAAAACUAUUAACUCUGUAUGAGACUGCGCCUUAAGGAUUGAAUUAUUUGUGCUAUGGAACGGAACCUUCCAAAAAAAGACAGAAAAUAUAUAAAUGCAUUGAUUAAAUAAAUGUCAUUUUACAUUAUCGUUAUUAUUAAAUUGCUAUAGCAAAUUUACAAUAGAUCAUAGUUGUUAGAAUACAGUCAAAUGUAUAUAAGCGUUGUAAUGAAAUUACUGUAUUUACCAUAUUAUUAUGGUAUGAUAUUUUUUUAUAUACGAACUGUAGACAGCUGUGCACAUCAUUAUCAAUUUUUGUAAAAUACACGUAUGUGUUUUAUGUAUGAGAAGCAUCUGCAUUGCUACCAAAAUUAACUAAAUGAGGCUUAAUUUUUGUAUUCCUGCAGGUUUAUUUUUCUGGACUAUUCUGAACUAUUGCGUGAAUAUUUGUAGUUUUAAAGCUUUUAGUGUACCUCAUUUGUAAAAUUUGGCAAUUUUAAUGUGUUUGUCUUGAGUCUUCGUUCUGUUUAUUUUUCUUAUACAUAGCCUACUUAGUGUAGAAAACUAUAUGCAGUCUCGAAAAACUUAAUAAACUAUGCAAACCUGAUUAUGUUAACAAUUUCUUUGUUGUGUAUUGUAUUUUUAAAUGUCUCAGUAAUGUAAAUAAAAAGGAGAGUUUAUAGAAAAAGUGUUUUAAAUUUAUUUUCAUCCUAUAAGACAGGAGGAAUUGAAAUGACGAAUCUCCUUUUGAAAGCCAGUUAGAAAAAAAAAUGAAGACAGAUUCUAAUUCUUUAUUCCGAAUAAUCGCAAAAAAUUUCCUUACGAAAAUGAAGCAGAAAAAGAAAUAAUUUUAUAAUAAAUAAAAAACUAAUUCAAAUGGAACCUCAUUUUUCUGUAUUGAC